AUGACGUUUCCAUUCGUGACGAUUUCUGCCGCCGCGUUCGCUUCUGUCGCUGCCAUCGACUACCCCGGGGGGUGGUUGCCUGGCAAGGAGCAAUGCGUCGACAUUUGCAAAAACUCCAAGGCCACGCCCGGCUGCUUCAACGCGUCCGACACGGCAUGCACGAGCAAGAAGCAGCGCCCAGGCGACUACGACUACCUCGUUUUCGACCAGAUCUUUGCGCCCCAGUUCUGCCGCGACCUGCUCAAAGGGAAAGACUCGACCGUCACACACCAGAACGUGAACCCGUACCCCGUGGGCAUCCAGUGCGACGUGCGCCGCACCCCGAGCGCUUUGUACGUCCACGGGCUGUGGCCCAACUACAACAACGGGUACCCUGGCUGUUGCAACGUGUCCGACGUUGUGUCCAACAAACCAUUCAACGCCUCGACAUUCCAGACAAAGUACCCGCACUUGUUUGCGGAAAUGGACAAGCUCUGGGUCGACCCUGCCGUCAACUCGUCGGCCGAAGGCCUAAGCACGGCAUCUGCUACCGCGCGUACGAAGACGAUUGGGACCGCCAAAGACUACUUUGAAUCGACGCUUGACGUCACCCAGCGCUUGACGACUCAAUCGAACCAAAUCGCAACGUGGGCCGCCGAAACAGCGACCACAACGUUGGACCAAAUCACGGGCUUGUACUCGAAGAAAGUCGCGGUCUUGUGCUCCAAAUUCGACACGGAAAAGAAAAACCGAUUGCUUGCUGUCCGCACGUGCUGGACCAAGGCCGUGAACUUUCAAGUCGAAGGGUCCCUUCCCGGCGACCAAAUGGACUGUUCACCGACGACCGGGUCUGCCGCGUGUGACCCGACCAAGCCCAUCACGUUGGACGCGUACGAAGCGCCGCCUCGCCCGUCGGUGUCCUAA